GUAUGGAAAUGGAGGAACUGGCCUCUUUUGGAGGAGUUUUUCUUGCAUACUGUGUAGUAUGUGAGUAUGCAGGUUGGGAAGUAGCCUGGGAAACGCGCGAGUUUCAGCACUUAAGGUCCACAUCCGUCCCACAGCAUGCGAUGUAGAGUCGCCUGUACAGAGCAGGAUGUUUCCGCUGCUGCAGAACUCGGGCGCCGGAGAAAGUUUAGCAUUGCGAUGAAAUGAUGGGGAACCCUCCGAAAGUUACACAAUGCUGAACUUGUUUUUAGGGUUUAGCUUGUUUACUGCAGAGCGCUUUGUGUUGUGGAGGCCGGUGAGGAAUCGGCGCGCUGUUUAACUGCACGAGGCUGCUGUCUGGCGCAAUGAAGCAAGAAGUGGAGGUGGGUGCAGCUUCCAUGGCUCAGGAAAAGAAGAGAAAGAAGACAGCAGGAGUGCUUCCUCCAGAUGGUGGCUGGGGCUGGAUGAUCGUGGCCGGCUGUUUCAUGGUCACUGUCUGCACUCGUGCUGUUACGAGAUGCAUCUCCAUCUUUUUUAUCGAAUUUCAAUUGCAUUUUGCACAUGAUUACUCUGGGACUGCAUGGAUCCACUCGUUAGUUGACUGCACCACCAUGCUUUGUGCUCCUCUGGGGAGCCUGAUUGGGAAUCAGCUCUCGUGUCGUGUCGCUGUGAUACUUGGAGGAUUCCUAGCCUCUAGUGGAAUGGUGCUUAGCUCUUUUGCCACCAGUUUAGAGUACCUCUACCUCUCUCUAGGUGCCUUAACUGGAAUUGGCUUUGCUCUCUGUUACACACCAGCCAUCGCUAUGGUUGGUGUUUAUUUCUGUGAGAGGAAGGCUUUGGCUUACGGCAUUGCUAUGUCUGGCAGCGGCAUCGGCACGUUUGUACUGGCCCCUGUGGUGCAGCUACUGAUUGAACACUACUCUUGGCGUGGUGCUCUACUUAUCCUGGGAGGCUUAGUGGCCAACCUGUGUGUGUGUGGAGCUCUGCUCCGUCCUAUCACUCUCAAAGAAGAGGAAGCCUUCCCCCUGCCAGUGGACUCGGAGUGUGGAUACAGUUCAGCCCCUCUCACAUCUGAUCAGAAAGAGAUCAACAGCAAAGAAGAAAGAAACAGCAAGCAACGAUGCAUGCACUUUAUGCAGGACUACAAUUUCCUGCUUAUGCCUGACUUCCUGGUCUUGGCAGGCUCCUUCCUGUUUCUGGCGAGUGGCUGUAGCUUGCCCUUUGUUUACUUGGUGCCCUAUGCCCUAGACGUGGGUGUCAGUCACCACCAUGCUGCCUUUCUUAUGUCUAUUUUAGGCGUCAUUGACAUUGUGGGCAACAUCACCUUCGGCUGGCUCACAGACAGAAGGUGCCUGAAGAAGUACAGGAGCAUUUGUUACAUGGCUGCUGUAGGGAUGGAGGGUCUCUGCUGCUUCCUUAUCCCUCUUCUCCAUACGUUUGCUCUGCUAGUGCCCUUCUCAGUGCUCUAUGGCUAUUUUGAUGGUGCUUAUGUAGCCCUUAUUCCAGUGGUGACAUCAGAUGUAGUUGGGACAUCAUGUCUUUCAUCUGCACUUGGUGUUGUAUAUUUCCUGCAUGCUAUUCCAUACCUGCUUAGCCCCCCAUUCGGAGGCUGGUUGGUGGACACCACAGGUACCUACACAGCGACGUUCUUUCUCAGUGGCUUUGCACUCAUCUCCAGCGCUCUCCUGCUGUGUACCAUCACUGUGGUCCGUCACUGCCAGAGAAUUCAGAGGAACUCGCUAAGCAAAGUCUCCACACCAGAAGCAUGUGAAGGCAAACGGGCGUUUUAUACUGCAAAAAUCUUAUAGUGUUGGACCUAUUGGUUAUAUCAUCUGUAUUGUUUUAUUUUUGUA